CUCCAAUCGUUAGGUAGUUCACGAGAAGUGUUUCGUGUCAUGUCUAUGAUGUGGCGCGAGAUAGGGGAGGAGGAACGUUCUAUCAUGCAGUGGUUGCGCAGUGACGUGUUCAAGCUACAGCAAACGAUAAUAGAAAUCUCGCGAGGAAUGCUCGGUGGGGUGCACUUGGGCACAAUUUGGUUUUUGCUAGGCGAGGCUGAGCGGAGGAGGCAUAUAUUCGAGGGCCUUCAUGGUGCAUGCAAGUUGGCCGCUUGGGGACAAGACGCUCGUGCUCUAUGCCCUGAAAUUACCGUUUCCGGUCUUUUGAGAGACAACGGAAGGGCUUUCUCGAACUUUCUGGACUAUUAUACCAACAUGAAGAGACUUUCGACAGAUGAUAUUUUGUUACUUCCCAGUUCGUGGUGGAACCAAGCGUUGGAUGGCUUGCCCAGACCCUUAACAGAGAAGGAGGUGUUCGCAUAUGAAUGCCUCACAUUAAACAGGAAUGAGUUUAUUGCAUAUUUCUUCGUACAUACUUUGGAGUCCAUCAGAAGCGAUAUCGUUCGAGGCAGGGGAAUGAGUUCAGUUGUCAAUGUCACGGAGAAUAUGAGCGGGACGUUUGGCCGAGAUACGACGGAAGCAAUAAAGGUAAAACGCUUGGUUCGCUGUGAGAACUGCGAUCGUACACCAAAGGACUUGGGAGACAAUAUACAAUUUCUAGUAUGUGGUAGAUGCAAGACGAAACUGGAUUUCAGUCUUCAUUAUUGUUCUAGGAAAUGCCAGCGAGAGGACUGGUCUAGGCAUAAGAACAACUGUGGCAAGAAGAGAGUCUCAAAGUUCUUGCCGGAGUCCGCGGGAGGCUCUUCAUGGUCUUUUCAUCAGACCCAUAGACUCGCCCACGAUAUCCCAAUAUCACCCAACGGCAAUGCGUCUCUUCCUUUCAGCGGCGCCGGGCAACCUCAUUAUCAUCGUUCUCCGGCGCUUCAGCUUCAGCUGGCGAUGAUUGAAAGAGAUCAAGAUGCAGACUACUUCUUGUUUAGUUCAUCUCACCAGCCAAUUCGCUUUGCUAUCCAUGACACGUGGACAAAAAUGGUGUUCCGGCUCUUGCGACAGGGCUCCGUGUCAAGUGCAAAUAAGCAAGGCGUCGAGGCCAUGGCAGAGUAUAUGAUCAAAGCCAUGGGCCGAAUGCCUGGCCUUAGCCGGGAGAUUAUAUUGAAGCAACUGUCAGCGGAAUACGGGGACGACACGGAAGCCAAGCUAAUGGAGUUUGAAAGGAAGAGCAUCGAGAAUGGCACAGGACUAACUUUUUUGGAAGAUAUGAGCAGGAAUAUGGUGUCGAUGGCUCCGAUACUAUUCAAAUCGUAGUCUGGGUGACUGAUUUGAUAGUGAUAUGUGUGGAGAGUGGAAAGGAGAUCGCACCAGGCGUGUGAGUCGACAAGAGAGGUGUAUUUUGGGCAUCAGACCCAUUCCAUGAACACGAGCACUUACUAUAAUUGCAUUUUUUGACAUCAGACCACCUUGGAUAUUCUGUAUAACACUUUAUCUGUCGCUGUAAAUGUACCAUAAUAAUGGAUCUCGUUGUAUAUGUACCCCUUUGAAACAGGGAAAUGGAUCUCAGCAUAGU